AUGAGUUCCAAGGUCACCCGUUCAUCGCUCGCAUGCUUACCAUGUCGGAGUCGACAUCUCAAAUGCGACGGCAAACGACCCUCCUGCAGUCGCUGCGUCGAAGCGGCUCAAGCGUGCGAGUACACCCGGUCGCGUCGCGGGGGUCUGGACCGCGCUGCGCUGGCGGAACGGCGCAAGCGCUUGGCCGCCGCGGCAACCGAGACCAUCACCAACAUCCCUACUUCAACUACCUCCCCUCCCUCCCCUCCAUCCAAUUCUUCUCACCCGCAGACGCACAUCGGUCAUUUAGAUCAAUCAGAUCAAUCAGUUCUGCUCGACUUGUACUACCGCCAUUUCCACUCUUUGCAUCCUUAUGCACCACCUCAGGCCCACUUCCUAACUCUCCUUCGCGAUCCUAGUCACGAGGUCCGAUGGAGGCCUCUGCGUGCCGUCAUGUGUUGUAUAGGUCAUAUAUAUCAUGCUCACGAAUGGUCCGACCCUUUGGAGGAGCAAGCUGAGACCUGCCUUGCACAAGCCUCCCCACUCGAUCCCGUCCUGGUUCCGUCCCGCCUCCUCUACUCCAUCGCUCUGUUCUGGUAUGGACGGAAGGAGCAAGCAUUGUCUCAGAACGACCAGGCAGGACGACUGGCAAAAGAGCUACAGAUGUAUCAGUCACAGUUUGCAGUCAUUCACGGUGGUGAGGAUCGAGUUUUGCAAGAGUGUUGGCGGCGGGCCUGGUGGGCGGUCUAUGUUCUGGACUUAUUCUUCGCAGGCACGUUGGGCACGAUGACCUUCGCAUUCCUAGAUGUUGAGGCCACGGCGGGACUACCAUGCGAAGAACAUGAAUAUGAGUCAGGUGUAAUCCCAGCGCCCAAGACCCUCCAGGACUUUGACUGCCGCGAGUUCGCCCUCGAUGACCCGGUCUUUUCAUCCUUCACCUACCUGAUCGGUGCCGCGCGAUGCGCCGCAAUGGCGAUUGCAACCGCUCCACGGAAUACAGUCAAAGAAGACUCGACCAGAGUCAUUCAGACCGCCGAUUCAAUACUUGACGGGUGGCUGCUGCUCUUGCCUCCGAGCAGGAAGCAGCUCAUGCGUAAAAACGGCGAGAUCGACGAGCUCAUGUUUCAAGCGCACUUGCUCAUUCACGUCGCCUCCAUCGGCCUACACCGGCCGUUUUCCGACCUCAAAUUCAACCCGGUUGAGGAUCUCUCCAGCUGCUCCCGAGACCCACCCCCAGACGCCCCUACCCCCGAGUUAGUUAACGUCCACACGGUCCGGGUCUUGCGAUCCGUCGAAGCUCAGGUCCGCCUCUUGGCCCUCCCCGUACAGCAAUUCCAUCAUACCCCAUUCGUCACCUGCAUGAUCAGCGAGGGCGCCUUAUCGUUGCUUUCCGCCUGCUACUGCCUGUUGGCAGGCAAGGAGUUGGCCAUCGCACGCGACCAGAUCCGCAUGAUCAUCGGAUGCCUCAAGACACUGGGCGCAUUGUGGCCCCGGACCGCCAAGAACGUCCGCGAGAUCCAGACGAUCGCGAGCCACGUGCUUGGUCUCACUUCCGCAACGGCGGCCAGUGUGCGCUCCAGGGAGAGUACUGGCUCGAGUGAGCUACCCAGUCUAAGUCACGGGGAGGGGACACAAGCCUCGGGAACUACGCCAGAGGCCUCAAUGUCCGGCUCCGAGUCAGAUGUCCUUUUGUCUUUGGACUCUCUGCAAGAUAUGUGUGGGUGGUUCAAUAUGGGGGAUUUAGAUGCGGAUCCGUCGUGGGGUCUAGGAAUUGGCCUCUAA